AUGGCCAGAGCUAGAAUAGACUGCACUGGUGAUGCGCCGGCAAUGGAGCCAGAUGUGCUCAGAUCAUUAGGUUCAGACCAUUCGAUUGCGUCCUCCUUUGAUGUAGCUCCAGAUAGUCUGGUUUCCAACUCCAAUACAACUCUAUACAGCGAUCAUAACAUUCUCAAUGAACUCGCUUUGAAAAAUUUACAAUGUUAUAAUGCAAACUUCGAUAAGAUCGAUAAUGAAUUCAUCUAUUUAAUAGAUCCAGUACCUGUGCAUACCCCAGACUACACAAGCGUUUUCCCGUAUCAGGUUAGUAAACUUUCACAGAACCCAAUAUACGAGAGAGUAGUGAAAAAUGAAUCACUUCCACCUUAUAAGCAUACGAUUUACAAAUAUACAGUGGUGUCUGUGAAACAGGAGUUUGCAACACCUUAUGAACCUUCAUUGAAUAGAAAUUGGGUUAACCUGAUAGUGGAGCUAAAUUCCACCCAGUUGAAUUUUUAUAGCAUCGAAGAAUCAUUGACAUCAAGCAUCAAAAGUUACUCAAGUAAUGUAUUCGAAACAAAUGAUUUUCGUUUAAAUUCAAACGCAAAGUUUCAUAAUUUUUUUAAGAAGACUAAGACAUAUAUGUUGGAUGAUGUAGAGACAAAGAAAAUACUGAAGAAAAUAAAAAAAAAUCCAUCGAAAUAUUUGAAUAAUUCCAAUAUGGUAACAUCUUUCUCGUUGCAAUUUGGUAAAGUGGGGAUCCCUAAAGAUUACAAGAAGAGAUCACAUGCUCUGAGACUUAGACUCGAAACCCAACAAUUUUUAAUUAAAUUUCCAACUAUAGAUGAUUUGAUUUAUUGGGCAAAUUAUAUACAUAUGGGUAUUUGCAUAUCUUUGGAUUUGGAUUUAAGAGAAUUACCGAAAUAUAAAUUCAUUCCACGUAGAAGAAGAAGAAGGAGAGAUGUUAUAUCCGAUGAACCACAUGAGAGAAACGAAAGAAGACCUCAGAUCAGUGGUUAUAUACGUUCCAGUUCAGGAUCUGCAUUGUUCAUGUCAAAUCCAAAUCGCGACAAUUAUCUUUCGGAACAUUUAAAUUUAUUACAUUCAACGCCAAUAUCUGAUAAGAGUCAUUCUCCGUUGAUAUCACAAUCUUUGAAGUCGCCAACAGGUUUGAAUGAUGGAAGGUCUAACAGUCUUUCGAUAAAAAUUAAAAAUAUUUUUAAGUCAAAUAAAUCGAGACCUUCUUCGACUUCUAAUACGCCUUCAAAUUCGAGAUCCUCGACACCAGUUUCCUUAUCGCGUAAAGAACACUUUCAAAACACAAGAACAAGAACAACACGUUCAACAUCUUUACCAAGUUCGAUACGAUCACCAGCAUUAACUACAAAGAAAUCAUUAUCAUCCAUAAAGGUAAAUAUUAAACAGGACAGAAUAGAAAAUUCAAGUACUUGUACUAUUCACGCACCAGCAGCUAGGCAUAACACGAAUAUGAAUUCUUUAUUAAAUUCGGAUUCAUUUAAUAAUGAAAGAAGCAGUAAGAAUGAAGUGAAUUCUUUCAUCGACAAACCUAUUGAUUUAAUUGCAUUUGGGGAGGAAUCCCCAACAACAGAACAAAACAUCUCUCCUAAUUCAAUGGAGAGACGCACUCUUGAUCCUAAUCUCACCAUACAAAAUGAAAAAUGUAAACAUUCUAUUAGUCUUCACCAAAUGGACUAUUUAGAUGUUAUAGGCGAAUAUAAUAAUGAAGACGAUGAGUAUGAAGAAGGAGAAGAAAUUUAUUCCGAUGGAGAUUAUGCAGAAGACGAAAUCAUGUCGAGAUCUAACUCUACCAACAGAUUAUCCAUUUAUGAUGUUGAAGGUUUUUUCCAUGAAAGUGAUGAUGAUGAUGAUUAUGACUUUCAUUUCAACGGUGUAACCAAUUCACAAACUAGGACUACAAGCAUGAACGAAACAAAUCAAACUCCAACUUCAGUACCAGUUAAUCACCAACCUUCCAUUACAAUAUACGACUAUCAUGAUGAAAUAAAGUGGUACCCUCCAAGUAAACAAAUGACAAGAAAAAGAUUUAUUAAACAUUCCUUGAGAUGCCUAAAAACUUUAAAUGAAAAGAAAGCUUGGGUUGGUAAAAUAUGCAUCCAACCACAGAAUAUUAAAUCGUCAGAUGGUAUCAAACCAAUAUACAUUGGUGACCCAAAGAAUAAUUCUAAAUCUUUAAAUGGUUAUCAUAUAGAUUCGCCUACAAGAAACCAUCCCGUUAAAGCAAGUAUUAUUGGACCAGUAGGUUUUAUUCAUUUUUCAGAAAAAUAUACUUUACUUGAUAAAAUGGAAUCAAAGCAUAUAGAAUAA